AUGAGCAGUGUCGGCAGAGCGCCAUUCUGCUGCCACUUAGGCCCAAGUGGCAGCUGCUGUACUGUUUCUGGUGAGCUACUCCUGGAUGCUGUCCAAGAUCCUCCGCAAGGUUAUACUGUCAACGAAAAUGGAAGAUGUUUCACAGUCCUACCGUGGAAAGCGCCGUCUGAUUCAGACAUGGGAACAGAUAUGGUGAAAGACUACGACGACAACUGGCUCGAUAUUCCAGCUGGCUGGAAGCCAUAUGAAGCUUGCCAGGACUUCGACGAGGUCGUGUUGCCGAAGGUGAUAGCAGGAAACUCAUGGGGCACUGAUAUGAUUAUUGUGCGACGUGGCAACAAGUGGCCCGGGUGGAAGACUGGAGUGCAAGGUCUUUCAGCUGGUGCUGGGAAGCGCUUGAGUUCACAUGUCGAGUGGUUCGAGACAGACGGAUCUGGUCGCAGAUGCGUCUUCCGUGCUGAGGACCCACAGCGCACCCCGUCAAAGAAGUUGGAUCCGAUGUGGCGAUCAUGGAGUGGACGAGUUCUAUUGGAGCGUGUGCCAGAUUCCUCGCGAAUCGACGCUUUCAAGACGUUUCUGCAGCUGCAUGCUCUUUGGCAUCGCAAGGCAAACUUUGCAGUCUCCCCGUAA